AUGGCGUAUGUCGGACGGGAAGGUAAAUGGGAUGAAGUUAUGUAUGCCGAUAUGUUUUUCACACUAAGGAAUCACCCAGAGUGGCAAAGAGAGUGUGGAAUUAACUUGGCUCCUCAAGACCCUCUUGUAUUGGCUAUAGAAAAGGAACAGAAGAAGAAUGGGGGAAAAUUAAAAAGAUGCUGUUCAGCUUGUAGCAUAGGGCAAAGGUGUACGAAAUUAAAAGAGGCAGAGGAAAGAUUGGAAGAUUACGUUCCUCCGCCCAGGCCUCAAACCCCCCCCGAUGAUAAUUCGGUCGCGGCUGAGGAGCCAAAUGAUCCGGAGGAAGAGGCAAGUACGGGCGCCGCAGGGUUUACUCCCAUAACGGCUCGUACCAGAAGUAAGGCGGGUCCUGUGAUACAGGCGCCUUUACGGCAAGCUGUUGGUACCACAGGACCCACAAGGAUUAAGAUACCUUUCACAAUGAACGAUUUGGACACAUGGAAAGAAACUGUAAAAGGGUAUCGGGAUGACCCCGAAGGGGUCGCUAAACGAUUUGAGUUAAUUGUUAAAAACCAGGACCCAGAUUGGAAAGAUAUCGAUUUAAUGUUAGACGCAUUAACUGAAACCGAGAAACAAUUAAUAAUCAAAAGUGCCCGCACCCAAGUUCAAAUUCAAAUCACUGCGGGGACUUUGCCGGGUACAGUGGAUAUCCAUGUACCUAGGGAUGAUCCUAAUUGGAAUCCAAACGAUGAUCAAGAAUAUCAAUUGUUAAAAAGGUAUCAAAAAUGGAUAAAAAUCGACAUCGAAACGGCAGUGCCAAAAGCGGUAAACUGGUCAAGCCUAUAUGCCAUAAAACAAAAUCAAACAGAAACCCCUACUGAAUUCCUUGAUAGAUUGAGAACUGCUAUGAGAAAAUUUACCACCUUAGAUCCAUUGUCUGAUGAAGGAAAACAGCAAUUGCUUUCCCUAUUUUUAGGGCAAUCCUCCGAUGAUAUAAGACGGAAACUCCAAAAGUUAAAGGAGCCCGAAAUCAGAGAUUUAGAGAAACUGUUAGAAGAAGCAUGGAAAAUAUAUCGAAACCGAGAGGAACAAAAUGUGCGUAAAAUGGGAAAAGCAAUUGCAGUAGCUACUGUAGCUGCUCUAGGGAAACAAGGAAACCCUCCUUUCGAGAAAGGGCAGCAGAGUAAAAAGGGAGGAGUACGUCGACCGUUAGGACCAAAUCAGUGUGCCUAUUGUCGAGAUUUGUUAGAGCAAUUGGGAGCUAACAUCAUUUUUGAAAAAGGGAAAAUAAAAUUCCAAAUUAAAGAAAAACAAUUAAUUGAAAUUCUAAGUUUAGCACUAUUGCAAACACCACCCAAUUUUGAGAUACCUUCAGAAAUAAUUGACCAGGUAUAUCCAGGAGUAUGGGCCACCGAUGUCCCGGGGAGAGCCAAAAAUGCUGUUCCCAUAGUGAUUAAAUUAAAAUCGGAAUCUACACCGGUAAAGAUAAAACAAUAUCCUUUAAGGUUAGAGGAUAGGAAAGGAAUAAAAGAAACAAUUGAUCGAUUUUUGAGAUAUGGAUUAUUAACUGAGUGUGAAUCAGAAUAUAAUACUCCCAUAUUACCGGUUAAAAAGGCUGAUGGAAGCAGCUAUAGGCUAGUCCAAGAUUUAAGAGCAAUAAACAAAAUAACCGAGGAUAUACAUCCUGUAGUAGCUAAUCCGUAUACGCUGCUCACAAAGCUAAAGGACACACAGCUCUGGUUUACCGUGCUGGAUUUAAAAGAUGCCUUCUUCUGUCUACCACUAGCCGUUGAAAGUCAAAAAUUAUUUGCCUUUGAAUGAGAAAAUCCGGAGUCGGGAAGAAAGACUCAGCUAACCUGGACGGUCUUACCACAAGGCUUUAAAAACAGUCCCACCAUUUUUGGAAAUCAAUUAGCUAAGGAACUCGAGGCUUGGGCACCCCCAGAUAAUAGGGGAACCCUAUUGCAGUAUGUAGACGAUCUUUUAAUUGCCACUGAAACUAAAGAAAAUUGUACCACAUGGACUAUAAAUCUCCUUAACUUUUUGGGAUUAAAUGGAUACCGAGUUUCUCAACAGAAAGCCCAGCUGAUCCAGCAACGCGUCACCUAUCUAGGAUUGGAAAUUUCGGGAGGGCAACGGGAACUCGGAACUGCGAGAAAAGAGGCCAUCUGUCGCACCCCGGAACCCCAGACAGCAAAAGAAUUACGGACAUUCCUGGGAAUGACAGGUUGGUGCCGUCUUUGGAUAUAUAAUUAUGGAUUAUUAGUAAAACCCUUAUAUGAAAUAAUAAAGGAUAAUCAACCAAAGAUAAAUUGGACUAAUGAAGCACGAGCUGCUUUCAAACAGCUUAAACAGGAAUUGAUGAGGGCCCCUGCCCUAGGAAUACCGGAUGUCUCAAAGCCAUUCUGGCUAUUCUCCCAUGAGAGGCAAGGAAUAGCCUUAGGCGUAUUAGCUCAGAAACUUGGCCCUUAUAAACGAGCAGUGGCCUACUUCUCCAAACAAUUAGAUGAAGUCAGUAAAGGAUGGCCGGGAUGCCUUCGCGCAGUGGCUGCGGUUGUAACUAACAUCCAGGAAGCCCGGAAGCUUACCUUGGGACAGAAAAUGACAGUAUUAGUUUCCCAUACUGUUUCAACAGUCUUGGAACAAAAAGGAGGCCACUGGCUCUCGCCCCAGAGAUUUUUAAAAUACCAAGCCGUGCUGGUAGAGCAAGAUGAUGUAGAAAUAGUAGUCACUAACAUUGUCAACCCAGCUUCUUUCCUUAGUAAGGCCCAAGACGAACCAGUAUCACAUGACUGUAUAGAAACCAUUGAAGCUACAUAUUCCAGCCGAUCCGAUCUCCGAGAAGAACCUCUGGACGAUGCUGAAGAAUCCUGGUACACCGAUGGAAGCAGCUUCAUGAAACAAGGUCAGCGAAAAGCAGGCUAUGCAAUCACCACCACCCAGCGAGUGAUUGAAGCUAAGCCUUUACCCUCAAGAACCUCGGCCCAAAAGGCAGAGAUAAUCGCUCUCACCAGAGCCCUGGAAUUAGCGAAAGGAAAAAGAAUAAAUAUUUGGACGGACUCAAAAUAUGCAUUCGGAGUGGUCCACGCCCAUGGUGCAAUUUGGAAAGAGCGAGGACUCUUGACUGCACAAGGCAAACAAAUAAAACACGCGGAGGAGAUUUUAAAAUUGCUGGAGGCUGUGAACCAACCAGAGAAAAUAGCUAUAAUGCAUUGCAAAGGACACCAAAAAGGAAAUACAGACCCAGAAAUUGGAAACCGGCUAGCCGAUCGCGAGGCUAGGCGAGUAGCAGAAGAGGCAACAGUUAAUGAAUUUUCACUAAUACCAGACGGUCAACCAUUGGAAGAGAAGUGGAUUGGACCAUACCAGGUGAUACUAACGACCCACACAGCCGUCAAGGUCAAGGAACAACCUGCUUGGAUCCACUAUUCAAGGGUUAAGAAGGCACCAGGACAAUGGAAGGUUUUUACCAAACCCGAUGGACACUUGGUCUUCUCACG